AUGACGAGCACUCUGGACAAGCUGCUGGCCAAGGGCAAGGCAAAGGUCAAGGAAUUCACCAGUCAGCCAGGCGGGCAUCAGCAGCAUCAACAACAACAACAACAGCCCUUCCCGGGCCCGGGCUAUCCGGGCCAGCAAGCCCAACAAGGCUACAAUCAAGGCCAGUACUCAGGCGGGCAGUAUCCUCCACCCCAAAGUCCACCAUAUCAGGGGCAAUAUCCUGGUGGUCAACCUCCGCCGCAACAACACCCACCCCAGAACCAAUGGCAGUACGCGGGAGGCCAAUAUCCCCCGCCUCAGUCUCCACCAGGGCAGGCUCCGUACGCGGGAGGUCAGUAUCCUCCGCAACCGCAGCAGCAACAACAACAACAGCAAUGGGGACCUCCGCCUCCGCAACAGCCAUUUGGGGCACCUCCAAUUCCAGCAGCUAGCAAACCACACUCGGGCCCCCCUCAGAGCCCCCCUCCCAUACCGCAAAACCGCCCGGCAUCAGCUCAACCACCACCAGCCCAGAACAUACCCCCUCCCCAGGGUGAAAAGGUAUACUGGAAACCCUCUUUCGAUAUCCACACACCCGUAAGCGCCAACUUCCGCCACGAAAUCGGCGACCAUGGCUGGGGCAACAAUGAAAAGCAAAUGUACACCGAUAGCCCUGCAAACUCCUUCCACCACGACAACCGCCUCAUCAUCCGUGGCCUCGUCCAAAACGGGACCUACACCUCGGCACGCCUGACCUCACACCAGACCCUCGACCGCCCGCGCGGCUAUCUGACCGCCACCAUCCUGCCCCCCGUCGCAGAAGGCAUCUGGCCCGCCUACUGGAUGCUCCCAAAAGACCCCUUUCAAUGGCCUACUGACGGCGAAGUCGACAUCUUCGAGUCCUGGAAUGGCGACUGCGUAAACCACAGUUGCCUCCAUUGGGGCCACUUCAACGGCCCAGACCACGACAAGCAUCGCGUUGUCGAAACCCAUCUUCCGACCAUGACGCGCCAGCCCCAUACCUUUGGCUUCGCCUGGAUAGAGGAAGAUGGCAUCCCCGACUGGCGCGGUCGCAUGAUUUGGUACAUUGAUGGCAGACCUGUUAUGAAGGGCAACAUCCCGCUUGGCACCCGUAGAAUGGAGGAGUUCCGAAUCAUGAUUAAUAUUGCCAUGGGCGGGGAUGUUUGUCAGGGAAAAUUGCCCAAGGAUGGGUAUUAUGACAUGGUGGUUAGUGAUGUGAAGAUGUGUGAGGAGCCAGUUGGGGGAUGGCAAGGGUUUGAGCAGGCUUGGAAUAGCUGUAUUGAGGGCAAGACUAUUGCUCAAGAUUCUGUCAAGGACGUGUCCUUCAAAGUUUUGGAUGUGGUACUGAUUGUGAAUCAAGCUAUUCCGAGAACGUCGCUGUUCAGUGUGAGAACGCAAAAGCUGUCAGAUAAGGAAGCCUGGCACCAGGGACAUCAUCGCCAUAUCAAAGUCAACAUCAUUCUCAAAUCUACAGUCUUCAUGCGUAACCGACUGUCUUCUGCGGCGCCUGAGACUUAUCACCGUGCCAUAGCCGUCAAUUUGUCUACAUGA